GCCACUCCUUCCUUCUUCUCCUUACCACUUGCACCACUCCAAACACUUAAAGGAGUCUGGCAACUUGAAGACCAAAUAUUUCUUCUUAAUUACCAGAGAACUAGCUAGCUAGAUCUCCGGCUGGGUUGCAGUGGACGGCGACAGUGCAUGGCGAUUGCUGCCGCCAUGAGGAAUGAUGAAGGCAAAGAUGUGGACGGCCAUGAACAUGACCUUGUGAUGCCCGGAUUCCGCUUCCACCCAACAGAGGAAGAGCUCAUCGAAUUCUACCUCCGACGCAAAGUAGAAGGCAAGCGUUUCAACGUCGAGCUCAUCACUUUUCUAGAUCUCUACAGAUAUGAUCCAUGGGAACUUCCAGCGUUGGCAGCAAUUGGUGAGAAGGAGUGGUUUUUCUAUGUUCCAAGAGAUAGGAAAUACAGGAAUGGUGAUAGGCCAAAUCGAGUAACAACUUCUGGGUACUGGAAAGCUACAGGAGCUGAUAGGAUGAUAAGGAACGAGAACUUCAGAUCUAUUGGGCUUAAGAAGACGCUGGUUUUUUACACGGGGAAAGCUCCUAAAGGAAUAAGAACAAGCUGGAUUAUGAAUGAGUACAGGUUGCCGCAGAGCGAAACUGAUAGAUUUAAAAAGGCUGAGAUCUCCUUAUGUCGUGUGUACAAAAGGGCUGGAGUAGACGAGAAUCGACGACUCCCUCCAUGCAAGACAUCUUCGCUAAAGCACUCAACUCAACAACCAUCAUCAAGCUUCACAAUACUUGAAGAAGAUGACGAAAUCCAAAAGUUUGAUAAAGGCCAUAUCUUCGUUAGCAACAACAUCAAGCUUCAUGAACUCUAUCCUAUCACAAGUAGCCUCCUAGAAGAAGAUCAUCCUUCUCUACUCCACUCAAAUAACGCAGAUAAUUCUUCCAAGUCCUCCAACUCUAUUGUUUCUUGUCAUCCUAUGGCAAUGGGGACUGAGGAAGUUGAUGAACUCCAAAGAUUAGUAGGCUAUAAUAACCAUAGUUUUAUGCCGCAAAACAAUGAAAUACAGAACCUGCAAUCAUCACAGUACCAGCUUCUUCAUCCUAGCCUCAACUCAGUGCAUGUCUCGUUAUCUACUAUUUCCGAGAAGCUAUGGGAAUGGAAUGCUCAAACUGCUCCUGCUGCUGCUAAAGAUCAUUACAUUAAUAACAUCAAGUGACUGACUUGAUAUAUCAAUGCUACAAGCCUCAAUAUACACUAUGAUACAUUACCUGUUAUAAUGUUGUUGGGUGCGCAAACUUAACGUUAAUAAGAGCUAGAUUUGUAGUUGAAUAGGUAAGUUGAUGUGCAUAUAUAAAUAGGUACUAGCUAUUUAAAUAUUAAAACAUUUGGUUUUUAUA